AUGUCCCUCGUGGUCAAACCAAGGCCAAGUACGUGCAAGAUCUCCGGAGAGAGUGUUAAUGAAGACGGUGCAGGAGCUACGUCGUGUCAGCUGCUCUUCAGAGAGAAGUUCUUCCACCAGGCCGGGCCCAAGGCUUUGCUCCUCCACGCUAUCCUCGCCAACCUUUCGCCGGUCGAACUCCGCCAGGAAAGCCGCUUCUUCGCCCCCUUCAACCUCCGCGCCCCUCCUCUGCUCAAAACAACCUACUAG